AUGCAUCGCCCUCUGCCCCUGGCAGAUCGUGCUGUUCUUCAGGAGAAGGGCAUUGGUGGCAUGUUUGCGUCUGCACCGCCUGUGCCGCGAUACCCCUUCCGUGUUGGCCCGAGCAUGGUGUCAACUGGCAAGAGGCCCGGCAUGGAGCCGCUGGACGUGUCUCAGUCGGAGCUGCUGAAUGCCAUGCAGAGGGAGACGCCCAGCUGGGCCACUGACGCGGUGACGCUGUGGCAAACCUUCUCCGACCAGCCGCACCGAUUGCUGGGCACUGGCGUCUUGAACACUGGAGGCGGCUACCCGCCUCCAAUGCACAAAACUGGGAUGCAGAAGCUGUUCUCCGACCUCUCCGACAAGUUGGGCAUGACGGUCAAGGGCGAUCCAAAUGUCAAGGACCCGAUGAAGGAAGCCGCGGCCGCCGCUGGCUACGGAGGCGAACCGCCACUGGAUCAUGUGAGCCUCAACGACCUCUACGCUGCCUUGAUCUGCAGCUCUCGCGGAACGGUGUCGGAGAAGGCAGCCGCUCUGUUCGACCUCUACUCAUAUACAGCCGCAACAGGAUCAGUUCGGCACAUCACUCCCGUGAACCGGGUGGCCGCACGAGCCGCGGCGUCGGCCCUCGACUCAGCGGUAGAGAUGAGCCGCGUUCUGGCUCCGACCUGGGGCGAGGAUCCUGAGGAUGCCGAGGCGAAACAGAACAACGUCCUCAAGUUCACGGUCUACACAAGCUACCCUUCGGAUUCCGUUCUUGGGCAUGUGCUCAUCCCCUCUCUGUCGCCCUAUGUCAGUCGCGGUGGGACCGAGCCCCAGAGCAAGAGCUACAACAUUUGGGGGCCCAAGCCCAGGACCCAGAAGGACACGUCAAGCAACAUGUCGAACAACUUUGGCGGAGAACCAAACAGGCUGGUGUGCCUUGGUGAAGUCAACAUGGCCAUCCAAUGGCGCGGGAGCGCCCAGCUUCCGCAUCAGGGGCAGCUGACCGUCCUGGUCAAGUACAUCAAGUUCCAAGAGUAUUACAUCGUGGAGCCGUACAACAUGAACCCCUACAUCACGGUGCAGCUCAGUGCAGAGGACAAGAGCGCAGCGGGAGGUCGAAAUUGGGCAAACAUCAAGCGAUGGGACCCACGUGGAGUUGCCCAUGAUUCCGUGUCUGUGACCAAGCAGGGCGCCUUUGGUGGGUACAUCAAGUUUGAGCCAACCAUGAAGAAGAAGACGGGCGGUGGCGGCACUCUGGGUCAGUGGAUCCGUCAUGGCGAUGGCCAGGGCUACGUCAACGAGAGGGACAGCAAGGAUGGCAAGGAUGUUGGCCAGUGGCAGUGGAACAAGACGUGGGGCCUGCAGUACUCCGUGAAGGAUCUCCGAGUGCACCCCGACUUCGUGCAAAACGAGUCGCGGAGGAACACCAUUGACCUUACUGGCGUCCGUCUCAUCGUCUCCCAUGUCUUGCAGAGGUGCAUGCUGAACAUGACCAACAAGCAGGCGCUUGUGGUUGCAGAUGCUAUCUUCAACAGAGCUGGCGCUGUGCCUGGCAUUGCGCAAGCAGUCCUAGUGAAGGAUAGCAACCGCGACAUUGCCGUCGGGGAAAGGAAUGGUCUGUGCGAGCUUGGCCUUGCGAAGAUUGUUGAGGAUCUGAAAUCCGCGAACACGCCCUACGUGGACGUGACCAGGGAGAUCCUCCUGGAGCAUGAGCGCCAGGUGUCGUGCAACGGCGGCGACGUCAACCUGUUUGCAAAUCAUUACAUGAAGGAGGCACUGAGCCUUGAGACCAUGGGCAUCUCCGACCCUUACGCGGCCACAAACAAGGUCCUCUUCAUCCGUUACAUCCGAGCUGGUGACGGUCAACGGUGUACUCAGGCCAUUCCGGUGGACCCUGAUGGCAAUGUGGCGCCCGGUUCGGAGGUGAAGUUGGACCUCCUCUCAACAGAGGAUGCUGGUGGCGAGGCGAAGUCAUCGUGGGCCAUGAGCCGCGUGACGAAGCAAGAGUUCAUUGCCUGCUUCACCUCCAGUCCGCUCCUCAGCGAGUCCAUCCGACGCCUGGGCACCACGGCACACGUCCUCCACGAGACGCGGCCCAUCCCUCUGGAGGUCACGAUCAUGGAUCCACACCAUGACGAUGUUUUCCAGGAGUUGGAGGAGUCCGUGAACAUCGGGCAGUCGCUGUUGAUUGAGGUGUGGGACUCUGACUUCAUGGGCAUGGACUUCCUGGGCGAGGCGUGGCUCCCACCGCUCUCCGAGUUCGGUGCACGGCCCAAGGAUAUUGUCCUGCCACUCCAGACGGCCAACUACAGUCCUGAUGCGGAGAACGGGCCUUCCAGGCAUGAUCCGAAGAAGGACCUCAAGGACGAUGGCACAAAUCCAAACAAGAAGGUGACAGGCGACAUUUUCUUGACAGUCAGCUGGAACUACCCCACCAUCGAGGGCAGAGGCCUGGAUGUUGAUGUGGAGACAUGGCUGACCAUGCUUGAGGCGAAGAACGUCAGGGCGAAAGUUCUCAAGGAGGGUGAGCUCACGAAAUACCAGGCAGCGAUCAUCGAAAAGCAUCGCACGGUGCGGAACAUCCGACAGACCAUGGUCGAGGACAAGGCGCCGUUUAGACUGAAGGACGAGUUCUACAAGGGGCUGGGAAUCAAUGAAGAGAAGGUCAAGAGGAUCAUCAACACCUGGUUCAAGGACCAGUUGUCAGAGGACAUCAAGAGCCGAGCGAUACAGCAGGAGCACAAGCACAGUGGAUUGUUGACCGUCCGCAUCGAGAGGGCUGAGCGCCUAAGGCGCGCCGAUGCCAAGACGAUGCGCGAUUGCGAUCCGAAAGCCUUGCUUUGGGUGCGAAACGACGUGCAUGGGGCCUGGCGCAAGGCUGUUGAGCAGGUGGCCGUUGAGGCGGCCAGCAACGACAAAGCCUGCACAGAGAAGGCGUCGGAGGAUUUCAACGUGCAAGACUUGCUGCGGGGGCGCCACCUCCAGGAGCAGGAGGGCUACGAGGUCUAUGACAUCUUUGAGCGUGGCCGGGAGCGAGUCCCUACGCAGGUCCGCCUGUGGCUAGAGGACUGGACCCUGGAGAAAUUAGACAAGGAGGACUGGCUUGCCACCUCCGAUCCCGGCAAGUCGUGGCCUCGAUCGUUGGGUUUCACACUGCGAGCAGGGGUAUGGUCUUCCAAUGUGGCGUUCUUUAAGAGGGUGACAGCAGCGGCCCCAGUCUACGUCGGCUUCAUCCGCCGAAGCCGACCGCCAAAGGCAUGA